GCACAGCAGUUCGAAGAGCACAUGAAUGGUGCAUCCGGCUGCUUGACUCCGUGAGACAGUGACUGUGAGAGCAUGUUCAUGAUGGGACUACCAUGGCUGCUAGUUCUGGAGCUUGUCCUUUACGCUGGCUGUUUCAUCUGCGGGGUGAUAGCUGCUGCUUGGAUGACACUCACUCAGGGCCACUUUGAUGGACGGUGCAUCCUCUAUGGAAGUGUUCAUUAUAAUGCAUCUGGCCAGGCUCUGACCGUAGAAGGCUCCAGUUCUCCUUCAGUCUGCUAUUUCGUGUCUGCCAUUUCUGUGUGCAUGGCUAUUUACUGCUUUUCCCUUAUUCUUUACUGGAUCUAUGCCAGCUGUGUAGAUGAGGAUGUGAGAAGGGGGGCUGUUUCUCUCAACACUUCUCUGGGAGUCUGUGGUCUUCUUCUGUUUGUUCUCAUGGUAUCAGGAUGUAUUCUCAAGAUCGGUCGAGACAGCCUUUGUUUCUCUGUCCUUCACAACACUCCCUCUAUUACAAGUUGUGAAGAUGCAGAGAAUAAAACUUGGGCCCAUCCAUACACCGGAAAUCGGUUCUACACAGGACUGUACAGUACUGAGAGAUCUAUGUGGGUAAGCUUCUUCUUCUGGGUGUUAAUAACGGCUGUGGUGGUCAUACAGAGACGCCAGAGCUCAAGGUUGAAGGUUUGGGGUGAUGAUGAAUUUAGCCGUGCUGAGACAGAGCCCUUCCUCCAUCGCCCAUCCCGCCAGAGAUAA